ACGACUGAAUCUAAAUACUCAAGAACCCGGCUGCACCGAAACACACGAAUGCUUAUUUUACACCAAGGUUUAAUGCGUCUCAGAGUGCUUGGCGCUGAUUUUGAACAGUUGUCACGGACACCGCAUUGUAUCGUUCAGAUACAAUUAAAAUCGAACGACAGUCGGAUGCUAAGGCAGUUAGCUGAGCGUUGAGCGUGUGGAAUUAGCCUUAGCCGCUGCUAUCAUACAGCCAGACCCUUAGCUGCAAGCUAACACACUCUGGUGUUGCUCAGAAGGCUUGCUUUCUCAAGGCGACGUGUCACUUCUCAGCGAGUUAAAAUGAAAAAGAAAGGACGGAAUCAACGUGUUUCCACCACACAAAGGCCUCCAUCGCCCAUCAAGCCCUCAAGAAACCGUGAGACUCUGACCUAUGCUGAGGCCCAACGCAUAGUAGAAUUGGAAGUGGAUGGACGUAUUCACCGAAUCAGCAUCUAUGACAAGCUUGAUGUAAUUGACAGUGACGAUCCUUUAGCUCAGGAGAUCAGCGAAUGUGAAAGCAACAAGGAGAACACAGAGAAACCCCAACAGGUUUUGGUGCGUUCAGUGCGGCUCAAAAUUAAUCAGCAGAAGAAGAGUGCUUCACAGACACCAGAAAAAGGUUCUCCAGCUCAAAGCAAAUUACUAGAGCCAAAAGUCAAAAUGGUUGAUUAUAGUCUUCCUGCUGUGCCACGAAGACCUCCCACUUAUUACACUUACCUAGAAAAGAUGCCAGAAGAGCUUGAUGAAGAGGUGGAAUAUGAUAUGGAUGAGGAAGAUUAUGCAUGGCUGGAGCUUAUCAAUGAAAAGAGAAAGAGUGAUGGUAACAGCCAGGUGUCCCAAAAUGUUUUUGAGUUUUUAAUGGACCGCUUUGAGAAAGAGUCCUUUUUUGAGAACCAGAUUGAGGGGACGCCACAGUCCCUUAUUGACGAGGAUGCAGUGUGCUGCAUCUGCAUGGAUGGCGAGUGCCAGAACAGUAAUGCUAUUCUGUUUUGUGACAUGUGCAACAUAGCAGUGCAUCAGGAGUGUUAUGGGGUACCCCACAUACCAGAGGGCCAGUGGCUGUGCCGUCAUUGUUUACAAUCACCAUCGCAGUCUGCAGAUUGUAUUUUUUGCCCUAAUAAAGGCGGAGCACUCAAGAGGACAGAUGAUGAUCGCUGGGGCCAUGUAGUAUGUGCCAUUUGGGUUCCUGAGGUUGGCUUUAACAACACAGUUUUUAUUGAGCCCAUCGAUGGCGUUUCUAACAUUCCACCUGCUCGUUGGAAACUUACAUGCUACCUUUGUAAAGAGAAAGGAGUUGGAGCCUGCAUUCAGUGCAGCAAAGCCAAUUGUUACACUGCCUUCCAUGUAAGCUGUGCUCAAAAAGCCGCUCUGUACAUGAAGAUGGAGCCAGUCAAAGAGGCAACAGCCACAGGAGCCACUACAUUUUCUGUGAAGAAGACGGCCUAUUGCUGUUCACAUACUCCCAAUGGUUGUGUCAGGAGGCCUCUUACAGUUUAUGACGAAGAUCAUUCCAAAAAUGGUCUUUUUCAAAAGGACAUGCAGAAAAAUGGGGGUGUAAGAAUGAAGGGAUGUCAGAGGAAAAAGAACAAAAAAGUAGAUGAACAAUUGGUUCCAAUGGUUCCAACUGUGUCUUCACCUAGUAUAACACAAACAAGCUUUGAGACUAUUCUCAACCAGGUCUCGGUGCAGAAGAAAAAGCAGGUUGUUGAGAGUGUUCUCAGCUACUGGAUGCUCAAGAGGCAGUCAAGAAAUGGUGUACCUCUUAUAAGACGUCUACAGACUUCCAUUCAGACUGAGAGAGUACCACAGCUGGAGCGAAAUGAGGAGGAGUGCCAGGAGCUGAAGGAGCAGCUGAAGGACUUGCACCGUUUACGUCAUGACUUGGAGCGGGCACGCUUGCUUUUGGAGCUUAUUCGCAAAAGAGAAAAGCUUAAAAGAGAGCAGAUUAAGCUUCAGCAGUCAGUGCUGGAGAUGCAGCUCGCUCCAUUUACCAUCAUGCUGCAAGCUAUUCUAGACCAGCUUCAGGAUAAAGACCAAGCCAGGAUAUUCACUCAGCCUGUCAGCAUUAAGGAGGUUCCAGAUUAUCUGGAUCACAUUAAGCAACCAAUGGACUUCUCUACAAUGAGAAAACGCAUUGAUGCACAUGAAUACACGAGCUUUGAUGAGUUUGAGGAGGACUUUAACCUUAUUAUCAAAAACUGCAUGACGUACAAUGUCAAGGAUACCUACUUCCAUCGCGCUGCUGUGCGGCUACAAGACCACGGAGGAGCUAUCAUCAGGAAGGCACGGCGCGAUUUGGAUCGGAUAGGCUUUGAUUUCACUAGUGGGAUGCAUCUCCCUGAGCCACCUAAUAUAGAGCCUUCUUCAUUGCUGACAUGGGAAGAAGUGGACCGACUGCUAAAUCCUGCUAAUCAGGUGAACAUGUCUUUAGAGGAGCAGCUCAAUGCACUACUGGAAAUGCUUGAUUUGACUACUGCUAUGAAGUCAAGCCCAUCACGGAGCAAGCGCCUUAAGUUGCUAAAGAAGGCCAUCAGUGACGUGCGACUUGAAAUGAGCCAGACAACCUUGUGUCCGGUUCCAGAACAGACCCAAGCCCAGGAAAAUUUACCACUCCUUGUUCAAGACUGUCUGGAGGACGAAGUUGACCAGAUGUUACCUCCUAAACUGGAGCCUUCAAUUUCCAUUCCGCCUGUCACAAAUUCGGAAAACACCUCUGAGCCCCCUGCACUAAAACCUGUGGACCUUGACCCUGAGAAAUCCCCAAGAAAGAUGCUCUCUACCUCACUUUUAAACAGACUUUCUCCUGAACCGCAGACAGCUCAAAACAGCAUUGUGGUAGCUACAUCGGUGUUAACAGAACCAGCAGGCACAAAUAACAGAAGGACUACCAUGCUCUUCAGGAGGUCUAAGAGCGUGAGCCCGCAAAAGCCACUAAAGGCUGGAGAAGCUUCGCUUAAUUGCCCUCAGCUUGGCACCAAGACAUUCCUGUCAGUGGUCAUUCCACGCCUGGAGACGCUGCUCCAGCACAGAAAGAGAGCUCACAGUGGAGAGAGUGAAAAUGAAGAUGAGGAGGAAUGUCCUCUCAAGCGUUUUGGCACUGAAUUCUCUAAUAGCUGCUUUAUACUGGAACAGCAGAAACAGCUAAGCGGCAGAGGACCUCGCCGUCGAUGUGCUUCUGAAUCCAGUAUCUCCUCAAGUGGAAGCUCAAGUGUUCUGGGGACAAGUGUCAUCAGUGAUCCGAAGAGUGGGAAAGGAAAGCAGGCAAUGACACGGCGAAACACGACAGACGACAGAAAUGAACUGAUUGCGUGCUUGGAAACAGGGAACAUUUCCAAAGCAAGCAAGUUGGCUGCUGAUCAUAGACCAGCAGAAGCCCUAAAUGGCCUACCAUCACAAAGGCGAGCUCAUCACCACUCCUCCACAGGACGUGUGCAGGGUCGACGUGCUGAUGCAGUACAAGUCAGGGGAGAAACUCUUCCUCGUCCACUACUUCGACAACAAGCACAGCUGGCAAUGGCUUCCUAAGACCAAAGUGGUACCUUUUGGUACAAAGCAAAGUAGAUAAAAUCAAAAUGUUGGAGGGAUUCACUUGCAAAGCAAAGCAGUGCAAAGCGCCUUUAUCCGUGCCAUGAACCACUUGGGCUUGAUCCAGGAAUUUUGAGAUGUGGACUGAACAUUCAAGGGAUCUUCAGGGUUUUACAAUCUAUGUGCAUUUCCAGCUGUCCGCCAAGGGAAGGAAGAUCUUCUCCAAGGAUGACCGUGAGAUCUUUAUUGAUAUUGCAGCACUGCUGUAAACCCUCACUGACAUCACAGCACUUCAAGUCACUCCAGUUAUCACCCCACAAUUUAUAAGCCACGGAACUAGACUUGUCUGCCAAUGCAACAUUGUAAGUUAUCCAACACUAAUUUAUUAUUCCUUGGUUGGUACCGCACAUUACCUCGUGGAAGAUUUCCACUCCAAGGUGAAUUCACAACCUGAUCCCACUGGUGCUAUAUUGCAGGCACAGCCUCAAGAUUUCCCCUCUAAAGACGUAAAAGAGGCUGUUGCACUUACUGUAUGAAACUAAAUUCCUUUUUAACAGUUAAGUUAUUGAAGUUACAAAUACAGGUGUCUUCUACUCGGCAUUAAUGUUGUCCACUUUUUUAUAAAAAGAAAUAUUCUUACAAUUUUUUGCUGUUUGUACAUAUUUAUAUAAAGCUAAAAUGAAAUGAUAUUCUAACUGUAUAUGUAAUACAGAAUUAAACAGUUUUUGGACGGAGGGACAAAAGUAGCGAUGAAAACCAGAAGUGCAUCACUAAUGCUAAACCAAAAAUGCUGCCCAUUUUUUAAUUUCUUUUUGUGUGAAACAUGAAGGGUGUGUUUCUUUGUGUAGUUACAAAUGAUGCAAAAUUAGUUGAGAGAUUUUCCAACUAGUUGGGAGUUGUCACUGUAUUGUUGGGACCUGCAUUAUAGAGUUGUGUAAAUGUGCCUGUGUAAAUGACUUUGUAUUAGAACAAAAAGAGUAUGCAAAACUUUAUAGUCAAGAGUGUGUUCAAACAGUGGUGAAAAGUUGUAGUUUUUCAUUUUUGUUUUAAGUGUGUUUAUUUUCUUUCUGGUUUUUUUCUGGGUUUUUUUUGGGUUUUUUCUCAAGUAUAAGCAUCUUUUGUGACAGUUGAGUUGAACUUUUUCCCCCUUUCUAUAAAGAGAUUUGGGUAGCAAAAGAAAAUCUUAUGAUCUCCUUAUUUGAAUGAAUGUACUGUACUUUAAAUGAGUGACAUUCUUCUGUAUGCAUUUCUUUGGGAGAAUCACAUCAUAAUAGAGAAUGCUGGCAAGCUCCAGUAUUGUUCCAGUAUUUUUUAAGUACACUGAAAAUAAAACGCACACCAAGAGAGGAAAAGCAAGAGCAAAGGCCUUUUAUUGUUUAGCACUAUAGGUUUUGCAUGAGCAUGUUGUGUUCUAAGCACAAAAAGAUCAAUAAUAACCUAUCAGAAUAGACAGUAGAUGGAGCUCUGCAAUUUGGAGAGGACUUGGUCAGUGGAAAAAUGCAAUAUAUACACCAUUGCUUUCCAUACGUGUCAAAAUGAAAAGCAAAACCUCUAUUACAUUGUCAUCACAUCGCAUGUCCUCUUUACUGAAAAUACACAAGGAUUUGCAUUUGAAAAACAAAAUGCUGAAUUUCUGUCAGAUUUGUAUACAAUCAACUGUGAAGUAAAAUCAAGGCACAGCUUUAUUGCUUUCCACCAUGCGGUGCUAAAUCAUGGCAACAUGAAAACUCAAAGAUCCAUUGCAUUGAUUAAAAGGGACUCCAUCUCCGAACAGAAAAAUAAUAAAGCAUGUAGUUUUGCAUUUAAAAGAAUGAAAUCCUUAGACUGAAAUGCAAGUAAAAAUUCAGAUUGGACGAUGAUUACUUUUUAUUGUGGCACAAAUACAGCACUACUUGGAGUGAAAUACAAUGUGCUGCAUUUUGUUUUGGCACAUUGAAAGCAUGACAGUUAAAUACAGUGCAGCAGCGUGUUUAUUGCAUUUUAAGCUGAUUUACAUAGAAUUCUGACACAUUUAGCAUUUUAUUGUUUUAAAUGCAAACCUACAUGUUUUUUUUCCUAUUCAAAGGUCGAGCGACGUUAAAUCAAUGAAAUGUAUCUUUUACUUUUCAUUUUGACUUUCAUGUGUCAGUCCGGUUUAAAUAGUCUUGCUGCAUUGCAUUGACACA